UGCGAAGAAGGGUUUCCCAUAGUCAUUGGCAUACAAGCCUCAAGGUUAGGUCGAAAACGUGGUGGAAUGGGCAACAAUUACUGUUGACACCAUGCGAGACUACUUUGUGCUGUUGAAGACAAAAUCGGAUACUGCCGUCCUUCCUUCACGUAACUGGAUCUGGUUUUCAGGUCGAGCAAAACGGAAGACAUUACUGCAAAUGUGGAUAUAUUCCCCGACGUGGAUGAGAGCCGUAAAGUAUACGACUGUAAAUGCAACUUGGUCGCCAUUUACUUAAAAACUUCAAGUCGGCUUUACAUUUUUUCUCUCUGUUUGCUCCUGUAGGACAAGCUGAACUUAGAACGCAAAUUCUGAAUGCAGUGGCUACACUUUCCUGCCUUGACAUACUUACCGCUCGAGGGGAUGCGAUCGACACGGUCUACCACGUUAAUUAUCAGACGGUUUUAGGUUGUGUGUGUAGAAUUUGUCUUCACGUUUAAACGUCGUAAUUUCUUUCAUAUUGCAAUUGCCGGGGAACCUGAGUGAGGAACGUGUGAUUUUCCUAUCAGCAUUGUUGCGUCGGACCUGGCUCUUAUAUCAUUCUCGAAGUGACGUUUCUGCUUUCAUUGAUGCAGAUAUGACUCCUGCAGAUAGAACCUUUGACAUUGCAGCAAUCGUUAAAUAUCGGCUACUUCCAGAAAAUUUCCGAAGGGAUGCAAGCACCUUAGAUGUUACACGUAACAGUUAUUAUCGUGUUAGUUUUCGCGGCAUGCUGUUAGUUAAAUUUUCUUUUUGUCGGUCGGUCAGUUAGUGUUUAUUUCGAGGGUUUUGACAGGCUGAUGGUUUACGACAAGAGGUAUUGGAUGAAAUACACAGCGUCUGUUCACCACACGCCAAUCAUCCCAGGGGCUCCUUACAAUGUACUUCACUCAAGAUGGGAGAAAGGAAACAAUGAGACGCAUCAUGCACAGAGAUCCUUCAUCGAGCUACUGCGAGCAUACCUGGUGGGACCGAGUGACGAUUCUAGCACAUUGUUUGCACUUCUUAACUGCUCUCAAGAGAAGGUUUUCGGCUCACUGCCCCGUCUGUGGACUUCAAAUAGCAUAUCUGAGCCCGAUGCUUUGAGAAGCAUUUUGCACAAAGAACUAUCGAAGAAUGCAUCAAAGAUUAUUACUCUUCAAGAAUCAUCAGUGAAAAGUAUUUACCAUAACUAUGUCAACGUCGAUUGACGUCCCUAGAUUUACCGAGAUUUCACGUUCAAAAACAUCC